GCUAAUCGCGAUCUCACUCGAAUGGUCGAACGCGUCGAUGAAACUCUGUUUUACCAGGAAUCUGUGAACGUUUCAUUUUUUUCCGCCGAAUUUAUCGGGCUACGUGAAAUGGGUUCCUUUGAAGUUUCAACGACGACUAACUUGGACAUCGGAUAAUGAUCGAUAACGUCGCGAUAUCAACGAAAUAUUUGGCCUCACACGAAUAUCGACAACUUUUAACCUGGUCAUAGCUUCUACAACUCAACCAGUUACUCGUUGCUCCUCAUCGAUCGGUGUUAAAAUGGUUAGAAAAAUUCUGAUCUUAUUUUGUAUCCUUCUUGCAAAUGUUCUUGCGUCCGAUAACAUCAAGUAUGCGAACAUCAUAGAGUAUCCUUAUCAUGUGUCCAUCGAGAUGUAUGGGAAACAUAUUUGUAGCGGAGCGUUAGUGCACGAAUCAUGGGUGAUAACCGUGGCGUCCUGUGUUUCUCGUUCGAACCCAGCUACGACGACUGUACGAGUACGUUCGUCCAUGCUUUUUGUCGGAGGAGACGAAUUGGAAGUGGCCAACAUCGUCGUACACGAAGAUUUUGAUAAGUACGUGCUGCUCAAUAACAUCGCGCUUAUCAAGCUGAGAAUUCCCGUACAAUUCGGCGAGAAAUUGUUGCCGAUAGGACUUCCGGAAAAGAAAGACUCCAAGCUCGAUGAUGGAACGACGUGUUACGUGACAGGCUGGAGGCACACUCUGGCUGGUCCGGUGGAAUCUCGGCUCACGGUGACAACUGUACCGCUCGUGAAUCAGAGUAUCUGCAGCUCGAGGAUGCCCUGUUACGAGCCAGUGCUCCAGACGAUGCUCUGCGCUGGUAACAUGACCCGCGAGGUAGAGACGUGUCAGGGUGAUCCAGGUGCUCCGCUGAUGGAAGGCCAGACGCUGAUUGGUGUUCUAUCCUACGGAUUAGGAUGUAAAACUAUGAUACAUCCGGGUGUAUACACUCGUGUCAGCAGUUACCUAGCUUGGAUCUCGGCAAAUUCCGGUAUCCACUAUAUAUGAGAUGAUAUUCGUGAAACUACAAUGUCAACAUUGCUAACCUUUACCCGGAAGUCGUGGCAAACUGAAGCUUGUACCGUUUGAAAGGAAUGGCAGAAUGGAUGGAAGAUUCUUCUACCAGUUCGUAUGUCGUCAGGGCGAUGUCAAAGCUAUCUCGUUUUAUAAAUUUGUCGAACGUAGUAAAAGGGCUUUAUGAAAAUACAACGAACCUAGAAAGUA